AUGAUAUCGUACUCUCCGCAAACCCAUAGUAUCUUAGAAUAUAAUAAAGCGCGCGGAGUCGCCAUACGCACAUUUCUAUUUUAUGCUCUGGUGACAUUUGUAUUCAUUGGAAUGUUAUGUAUAGCAUAUAACGAAUAUUCCCUAUUAGAUUCUAACCCGCAGACGAUAAGGCAAAAUUGUUCAUCAGAAUCUUUGACGCUCACCAUUAACACUACCACCACCGUUAGCCCUAUUAAACAACCUGUACUGUCUGACACAUUAGACAUUCCGGAAAUUUACAAAAUCCCGAUACCACGUAAAGCACAUAUGCCUUGUCAAUCAUACCACGAGAUAAAUGGCAUAUCGUUCGAUCAGCUAUGGGAAUACCCACCCGUCUCGGUUUUUAUUGGAAUAUUCACCAUCGCAACCAAAUUCGAGAGACGACAAGUCAUUCGCGAUCUAUACCGAGCGCAACAGAAAACACUCAUAGAUGAUCGAGUAGAAUAUCGAUUCAUUAUGGGGAAACCAGACUCGCCCCACCUCCAACUUCGAUUGGAAAUCGAACAAGAAGCUUAUGGCGACUUGUUAAUAUUAAAUAUUACCGAAAAUCUGAACAAGGGAAAAGGGCAUGCAUAUUGGAAAUGGGCCGCAAAGACAUUUGCAGGCAUUCCUGAAAACAAGUCACUCUUAAUCGCAAAAGCAGACGACGACGUGUUUAUUCAUUUUCAGAAUCUCGCAUUGAAUUUGAGACCGCUAGCGCCCGAGUAUCUGUAUUAUGGACAUGAGCGGAAAAAAAAGGGUGGUGGCUGGAGGACCGGACUAAUGUUUAUUUUAUCGAUGGAUUACAUAGAGUGGAUUGGUAAAACUGAAAUUCCCAAAAGAUUUAUCAAAGGCCCAGAAGAUGUUCGAGUAUGGGAUUGGCUUAGAUGGGGAAAUUUGCCAAAGACAACAUGGGUUAAUGAAGAUUGUUUGUUGUACCAAGACCCACGCUCCACCGAAAAACGGCAUUCAUGGUUACAUAAAGACUAUGCCGGGCCGCAAACCAUUGGAAUGCAUGGUCUAAAGAAAUCUUUUAUGUGGGAUGGUGUGAUCGACUUGUUCUUUGGUAAAAAUCAGUUUACAGAUUAA